UAUUAAUGUAUUUGUUUACACAACACACAAGCUUCCUGAUUUGCUUUAUUAUGUACUAUUUUUCAUUUUUGAAAUCACAAUUUGAGUAAAUUCUUUGAGAAUGCUGGAUACUGGAAAAGGAACAAUUUUGAAUCAUAUUGAUAUAUCGUCCUUUAAAAGAAAAUUGGUUUGCAUUUGACAUGCAAUAAUAUGUCUAAUACAGGCUGCCAAAGCAAUCUUAAUCUCCACUCUACUGUGGUUCGAAAUCUUUUUGACCAGAAGAAAAAUUCAAAACUGACAGAUCCUAGUGAUGAUUCUGACCUGAGCGACUUGGGACGUACAGACUCCGAUGAAGAAUGGGGCGAAAUAGAAGAGUGUCCCCAAGAUGAAUUUUUAAAAUCAAAACCUGAUGAUUUGAUUCUAAGUGAAGUGUUAGGUGUUGAAAGACAUAAUAUUAUGCAUGUAUUAGAACGACGUAAUCCUGCACGAGCGAGAGAUUAUUUAGUGCCUCAAGAUCCUAUUACAGAACAUACUAUAGAGUUAAAUAGGUUAGCUGGAGAAAUAAAGCUUAAAGUGGACGAGUGUUCUGUUCUUAUUAAAGAAGCAAAAGCAGGGAACUUAUCUGGCUCAUCUCAGUUUCCGAUGCAGAUUGAUUUUCCUCCAUUUCCUAAAAACUUCCAUCUGACCAGAAAGUUGAACGAUAAAAUAAUCGAACUCUAUUCAGAAAACCCAUCUAUUAUUCCACAUGCCUUUUCAGUCGCCGUUGGUGAAAAUUAUACCCCAAUGAAACCAGAAAAUUCCUUGGAAGCUACAAAAAAUAUCAAGUUAAAAAAGGAUUCUCACAGAAAGUUGCUUGUAAUGAGUGUUGCUUAUUUCCUUAACAAUGCUGGAUUUGAAAGUGCUGAUUCUGAAGCUCUUGAUGUCUUGGUUGCAUUUGUGGAUAUACUUUUUAGAAAUAUGGUUUGUAGAUUGAGGGAUAAUGUUGCUUUAAGAAAAUAUUCUGAUAAGGAAAAAAAUUUGGAGUAUGCAUUGGACAAGACAGUUUGUGAAACAGGAUUUGGUGGAAUGGAACCAUUGUUAAAUUAUCCAAAGCAACUCAUUCAGAGACAUGAAUAUGCAUUAGAAUCUUGUGUUCAACUACAUAAGAAAUUUUGUUCAAAACAGCAAAUUUUAGAGAAAUUGCUAAGCAAAGACAUAGGUGAAGAAUAUUGCUUGCAGACAAAUGUUCCUCAAGAAGAUAAUUCUUCUAAACUAAAUAGUGCAAAGAAGAAAACAUGCAGGAGAAAUCUUUUUUCAACAGUUCCUUCUAAAAAGAAUCAAAAAAUUCCUAAAGAUGAGGCAUCUGUAUCAAGAAAGAAAAAAAAGAAAAUGACUACAGUGCAGUGAAAAAUGUAUGCUUGUUUAAAUUCGAACGUUUGUUAAUAUAUAUUUCAGCUGCUCAUACUCUAAACAUGAAUUAAGAAGUUUUAUAUCAUGUACGAUUAAUAAUGUAAGUUUGUAAUAAAUUGUGUUU